AUGUACUUUGGACUGUACAAUCGAGAAAAUGCAUCAGUUUUGAAUGUCAAGGAAUCCAAAGCUUCUGAAAGGACAAUUGUAGUUGGUGGUUUUCCAGUUGACCUUUUAAGUGCUCGAUCAUUGGUCUUACUAGUGAAGAGUUACUUCCAAGAUAUUAAGAAUGAAGGUGGAGAAGUUGAAGAUGUGAUAUAUCCAACAAGAACCAAGGGAAUUGCGUAUGUAAUAUUCAAAGAAAAAAAAGUUGCAGAGAACGUCAUCAGACAGAAGAAGCACCAGCUAGCAGGGCAGGUUGGAGGUGUUGGUUUCCAGGUCUCUCGCUUUGGUGUCGAGGUCUUCAGCUCUGUAAAUGCUGUCCUUGAUCUGUCUGUUUUUCGGAGUCAAGUUAUUCUACAGAAUCUGGUAACGGAUUUGAAAAAGAAAAUCCCAACUUUAAGCUUCAGUCCUUUGAAACCCAAUGGAAGAAUCUCCGUGGAAGGAUCAUUUCUGGAUAUCAAGGAGCUCAAAGAGUGUUUGCUAUUAAAAGCAAGGUUUCUUUUAGAUAAAACCAGCAAUUUUACCAGUGAGGGUGGAAAAUGGAAUAGACAAAGCCCCCAAAGGAAUCUACAGAAAAGUCAUAAGUCUUUGGAGUCACUCAGGGCCUUAGUACCUGAGACAGCUAGAAGCAGAGAAAUGCUUGUGCUCGACACAGAUAUUUUUCUUUACCUGAAACAGAAGUGUGAAUUUUAUAAAAGCACACUGAAGAAAUUCCAUGUUCUAAGUCAGGAGAGAGAGGAUGGGGGAAUCACCACAAUUUGUCUGGAACCAGUUUGUUCUCAGCCCAAUGCGACGAAACGUGUAAAAGAGCUCAUUGAGAAACAGUCAUGUGCUCUUCACUUAAAGCUUAGGAAAGAGACAUUCAUUUUGGAAGGAAGGGAAAAUAGAGAGAAAAGAGAAAUCGAGCAGGCAUGUAAACAGUUAAGUUCGAGGUACCCUGAGGUUCUGAUUAACUUUCACAUGACGCAUGUCGACAUUAUAGGAUCUUCUUCUGACACUUACCUAUUUAAAAAAGAGGUCAUGAAAUUAAUAGGGGAAAAGGUUAGUUAGUACAACCUCAGCAACAGUAAUGAUAAUGGCUGCUUUCCCUUACUGAGCAGGGACCGUGCUGUAUACGAGGCUAGCUUUACACACCUUAUCUCAUUUAGUCCUCAUGACCAUCCUUCAUCAUGCCAGGGGAAGAAAGCAGGAGUUGGAGCUGUUGAACACUUACCUGAAGUUAUCCACCUGAUGAGAAAUGAGGCUGGGGCUUCACCCAGUCUAUCUGAUU